AAGCCACACUGUAGGCAGUCAAAAGCUGCCUGCUCGUAACCAAACCAGAAACAACUUGUUGCUCCACGCACACGCAUUUCGUCGACUCUCACGUCAGCAGUUUAAAAGAACUAUCGCAAAAACUAUCAGAGAUUAAGAUGCGCCAGCUGAAGGGAAAGGUGAAGGAGACGCGCAAGCAGAAGAAGGAGCGCAAACUGGACAACCUGGAGAGCCAGGCCAAAAUCCGCACCGUGGUGCUGCCGGCGCUCGGAGUUUUGGCGGUCUUCCUGGUGCUGUUCGUCUAUCUGAAGACCCGCCCUGCGGUCUUCGCCUAAUGUAGUCAUAAAGAUGUAUUUCAUAGUCGCGGGCAGUGCAAUUGAAUCGUUGUAAGGGCACAUAGCUUUUAUAGUACAAUAAAAUCAGAGUUCGUCCAUCCAAA